GGAUACGACACCAGCACCGCCAGUCUGUCGUCGUCGAUUAACGAAUAUGUCUUUGAGAAUGGCCGUCGUUACCAUGCCUACUUCGGCACCGACAAGAAUCUACACCCUACUGAUGAGACCGCCUCGACAUGCACCACGAGAUCAUGCUCGGCCUCCUCAAGGGUGAGCUCCACGCGGCGCCUCUUGAAGACCCCCAGCGGAUCCUCGACGUCGGUACCGGAACGGGUCUCUGGGCGAUCGAUGCGGCAGACAAAUAUCCCAUGGCCGAGGUCAUCGGCACGGAUCUGAGCCCGAUCCAGCCUACCUGGGUGCCGCCGAACUGCAAAUUCGAGGUCGACGAUGCGGCACAGCCAUGGACGUUUAGAGAUAAUUCCUUCGAUUUCGUCCACUGCCGGAAUAUUUCCCAGGGAAUCGAGAACUGGCCCAAAUUCAUGAGUGAGGUCUACCGCUGCACCGUGCCGGGCGGAUACGCCGAACUCGCCGAAGUCGGCCUUGAGGGGAAAUGCGACGACGGCACCAUGGCCGACGACCACCCCAUCAAGGUUCACCUCGCGCUCUGCGGCAAAGCUAUGGAGAAGAUCAAUCGGCCAGGCCCGAAGCGCGACGUAAUGAUUUCGUACCUAGAGAAUGCCGGCUUUGUCGAUGUCCAGGCGUUCACUUAUAAGCAGCCCAUCGGACCCUGGCCCAAGGAGAAGCGGCUGAAGCAGAUUGGUGCUAUGCUGCUCAUGAAUGCGCGGACUGCGUUCCAUGCGUAUGGAAUGGCCGCGUUUACCAGGAUCCUUGAGAUGGACCCCGUGGAGGCGGAAAAGCUAUGUGAAGCCGCCUAUACCUCUGCACUCAACAAGAACAAUCAUGUGUACAAUGAGUUCUUCGUGGUGUAUGGACGUAAACCGGCGGCGGAUGAGGAGUAGUUAGUGGUGGACUGGCGUUUCUGGAUGAAGGAACUCACUUUCUUUGCUUUUUCAUUGGGCAUGUGCUCUGUAAUCCAAAUAAAGAACUUUUUAUGGCAAAUGAUCUGC